AUGAAGAAAGAGGGCAGAGUUCUCCUACUUCUUGAUAAUGCACCUUCACAUCCGUGUGCAGAUACCCUUGAACGGGAAAAUGGGAAGUUCCGAGUAAAGUUUUUGCCACCUAAUGUUACAUCACUGAUGCAACCCAUGGAUCAGAGUGUAAUAGAGACAUUUAAGCGCUUUUAUAGAAAGCAAAUGUUGAGAAAGAUGCUUCUAUCAGAAGACACUGAAGAGCCUGAUUCCCAGAAUGCCAAAAACAUUAAUUUAAAAGAUUGUUGCAUUAUGGCUGCCGAUUCCUGGAAGCUUGUAAAAUCAUCAACGUUAAAAAAUGCCUGGAAUAAAAUUUUAAACAGGGAAAAAAUUGAUACUGGAGCAGAAGCAUCUGAUAAGGAAAAUGAGGAGUGUAAAACUAUAAAAGAGAUGGGAAGAAUCCUAAAUUAUGAGGAAAAAGAAAUUAAUGAGUGGCUAAAUUGUGACAUGCAAGACCCUGGAUAUCAGAUUUUAAAUGACAAUGAGAUUGUGGCUGAGAUUGAAGGCGAAAAUGAAGAAAAUAAAAAUGAAAUUGAAAAUGAAUGCUCUGAAAAUGACCCAGGUCCAUCACAUAGCGAAGCCUUUGAAUGCUUGGAAAAAGCUAUGAAAUGGCUCGAAAGGCAGAAAGACGCUGAUCCUAUUCAAGCAAUGCAUUUAAGAAGCAUUAGAGAUAUGGCAGCAUUGAAAAGAAUGUCUUCUUUGAACAUCAGACCCCCAAUCACGCCCAGAGAUGUACCUCAAGAUGUUUAG